AUGACAUAUUCUGGUAUGGAUCAAACGUCCAUGGGCCAUGGAUUUGUUCAGAAGCUGGCUCGUUUCUACGAGAGAAACCGAAUCGGGAAACAGCUCCAGGAGGGUCUUUGCCUUCUCGAUGCUGCGGUCUCCCAUGAAAGCAACACGGCAUACCAUCCCUACGAUUCUAGAAUGGAACGGCCCUUCAGCCCGCCUCUGCUCUCGCGUUCCAGAGCCUCGACGCCUUCCCUCACUUUGACACGUGCCAGUUCUGACGAGCAAUGGAGAUAUGGACUUUUUCAACACCUUGAGAAUGAGACCAGCAUCCGCAUUCCUCCUUACCGAGUUGUCAUAUCGCCUUCCACUGGUACCGAAGUCGUCAUUGAGGAUCCAAUUAGCGGGGAAGGUGUGAAAACGCUUGGCGAAGUUUGGAAUACAUUGGAUGUCAGACUGAAGUACCGCGCUGUGGUGCAACUUAGGGAGAUGCUCAAGGCGCUGAGGUCUAUUAAGCCUGAAGAGAUCCCUCAACGUCCCAUCAUUGCCGACCGUUACAUCUCUCGUCCCGGGACUAAUCCUAAGAACCAGAAAAGGGUCUACAAGAAUAAUGCGGAGUUCGUCCACAUCCUUAAAGACAGUGUUGGUGCUGUAGCCUACGACGAUGAUCUCGUCCGUAGCGCAGUCGAAUUCGUUGACGAGCUCACAAUGUCCAGGUGCGAGCUCGUCUUCACUCACGGGAACCUAACAGCGGACAACAUCUACGUCUCGGAGUGGACAGGAGAUAUCCUAGCAAUUGUGAACUGGUCGGAGGCUGGCUACUACCCCGUGUACUGGGAGUUCGUCAAGGCCAAGUUGUCCUAUAACGACGAGCCAUACUUUGACAGGGAUGGAGCGGUGGAGAUGAUAUUGAAGCCUUGGCGGAUUGAACUUGCCCUCAUGAAGCCGGCUCAUGAGAUGAUGUAUUGA